GGCGGCGCCGCUGCGGGACCGGUUGAGCUUCCUGAGCCGGGGCCCGCGUGACCCCACCUGGUGGUGCUGGGACAAGAGGGGACCUGUCCAGACUUCGCCCAUCUGAGAGAUUGUGCUGGCGACUUGCCUGGACCUACACUGCCCACUCUGAUGAAAGGCACCUCGGAUGACGACGUCCCAUGCCCUGGGUACCUGUUUGAGGAAAUCACAAAGAUCUCCUACGACUCCCCAGGGAGCAGCCAGUGCCUCCUGGAGCACCUCCUCAACCGACUGCAGAAUAACUCCUGUCACGUCAAGCUGAAGGUGCUGAAGAUUCUGCUGUAUAUGUGCACGCACGGCUCUUCGCAGUUCCUCCAGCAGCUGAAAAGGAAUUCCACCUUCAUCCAGGAAGCAGCAGUGUUUGCGGGGCCGCCAGAUCCCCUGCACGGCAACAGCUUGUACCAGAAGGUCCGAGCAGCAGCACAGGACUUGGCCGGUGCUUUAUUUUCGGAUACCUUGUCGCCCCCGCCCUCUGCUCAGCCCUGCAGGCCACUUCCCCCAACAGGAAUGGGCUCCAAGCCCAGCCCCUGCCGCUCCUUCCAAGGCUUUGGCUUCACGGGCGAGAGAAGCGGCUCUCCUUCCGCCGGCGAGGCCCUGCUCGCCACCAUACAGAAAGCAGCCGAGGUGGUCGCCAGCGCUGUGCUGCCCAGCCCGGAGUUCCCCCCUCCCUGCCCCAGGGAGCUGCAGGACGAUGCCUACCAGCCCGUGACGGCGCCUUCUCCUGGUAAAAGCUGUGUGGUGCCUCCAAAGCCCCCUGCUCCUGCAGUCCACAGCCUGCAAGUGAGUCACCAGCCUGGGCAGGCAGGAGGUGGCUGGGAAGAGACGGACAGUGGGCACAGCUCCCAGAACUCCUCGCAGGAGAACGGGGAGCUGAGCAGGACCUCCGACUCCUACAGCAAAUCAGGCAGCGACAGCCCCUCGGGGGCCAGCAGGGAGCUGGGGAACAUUACUGAGAGGGUGGAGGGCGACUGCCUGCAGGAGCUGAGCCUGGUGAGUGCGCUGACUAGGGGCUCCAAGGUCUUCCUGACGCGGGAGGAGGCCCAGCACUUCAUCAAAGAGUGCGGGCUGCUGAACUGCGAGGUGGUGCUGGAGCUGCUGAGUCGGAUGCUGCAGGACCCCAGCCAGCUCGUCUGCAUGAGGUCCAUGUGUGCCAUAUCCUCCCUCCUGUGCUCCGACCUGCUGGCCCACGAGCAGAUCUCCGGGAUUACCCGGCCACACCUGCAGCAGCUCAGCCAAAGAACUCCCGGGCCCGUGGCCAACAAAGCAACAAAGCUCCUGAGGCAGUUUGAGGCCUUGUGCAGGAGCUGCCCGUCUCCCAAGAGAUCACAGCCGGACACGGAUCCCUCUGCUCCUGCCGGGGGCUCCCCCCAGCACACGCGCGACUUGCUGACGGACCUCAUGCCUCUGGCAGGAGAGACCAUUCUCAAACCCAUGAGCUUAGCCCCUUUCCUCUCGGAGACGUGGAAAGCCCCAGCAUUUGAUGCGCAUCCUGCGGCCGUGCCCACCCCUGCGGGAGAGCAGGGCACAGAAGCGGAGACCUGGGAGCAGCUUGGGGAUGUCUCACCAGGCGGUCGGUGCCAGCAGGAGGUGGAGUGCAGACUAACAGGGCCUGAGUCCCAGUUGGAGGCUGCCCAGAUGGAUUCCGGGUGUACAGAGACUCUGAAUGGCAGGCGGGGGGCAGCCGCAUCCCCUCAGAGCCUCUCCCUGUUCGCUGGCAUGGAGCUGGUGGCCCUUCCAGGCACAGCAGUAGCCAACCCUGGUGGGGAGGAAUGUGCCUCUCGUGUUCCACGGACACUGCCCUGCACUGGGACUGCCAACGCCAAGGCUCACGGGGACUCCGAGGGCAGCAGGGAAUCUUCUGCGUUCUCCUUCCUCAACAUGUAGCAGCUGGGGCUGCGGGACGCUGAGGAACUGGGGUCUCGCUCACUGCGUGUCGCUCUCAGGCCAUCACUACAGGGGCACCGACUGGCACUACGGGGCACCGGCUGCUCAGCUCAAAGCGAGGCCUCCCUGUUUCUUGUGGGUGCUGCCAAGUCCACAUCCUGCAGAAAGGGGCUGGCAGUGCCGGUGCUGCUGGGGAGGAUCUCGCUAGGGCACAACGAGGAAAUGGAGUCUCCAGUCACUCCCUUCAGUUUGAUCCCUGGAGGUGCCCUCAAAAAAUCCAUGAGCAACCCUACAAUAACAAUCCAGCAUGAUCCCACAUGGGGGGAGAGGGGGAAUAUGUCACGAUAGCCAGUUCCAGGCUCCCAAAGGGGGGAUGGGAAUGAGAAUCCCCUUGACUGUACCCCUACGUUAAGGUUGUGCUAGAGGUUUAAAGCUAAUCAUAUGGGCUUGGCUGCUCUGGCCCCCUGCUCGGGUCAUCCAUCAGUGGCCGUCUGUAACACUGCUCAGACUAGGGCCUGGGGCACGCUGGGGAGGGAGGGGCAGUGAGUCCAUAUGGACUCAACCUCUCGUGCUGGGCCUCUGCCUGUGUGAAUGAAUGCACUAGUAACCACCUCAAUCACUUAACAUGUAUGGGGGGUGGUUAAUGGUACCUUGGAAGGUCCAGGGACGCUGGCUGCCUUUCCCCAGCAUCGCACCUGCUCAGUCCCAUUGCUGUUGGGGGAGAGAGGCAUUGAGUGCGGCAGUCUGGAAGCCAGGUUUCAGAAGAUCUUUCCAAGGAAGGUGACGCUUUAGGACCUCAGUUGAUACCACAUCCCCUGCAGGCCUUGCCUGAGCUGCUGUGGGAAUCUCUUUGAGGCGGUUUGGUUUUCCUACCGGGAAUCCCAUAUUGUAGCUACUUGUUAUUUGAAGGUGCAUUACACACACACACACACACACACCCCUUGGUGCACUUUAGCGGGGCUGGCAAUGGAAGGGACUAGAGAACAUCUACGUAGAAGCAUGAACCCCUGUGUGGGGCAGCAGCCCCUUUCACACCUGCAGAUUGAUCUCUUGCCAAAUCCUACUGGGCAAAGGGAAGUCAAAUUACAGGCACAGGCUGCUUUGGGCAGCAGAUUGGCAUUUAUUUAGUGUUUACACAUCACACACGAGUCUAUCUUGCUGUGAGAGUUGGUUAUGUACAAGUCUGUGUGUUGUCCUUGGGCUUAUGACAUCCAGACCAGCCCACCUAUCCCCUUGGGGCAAAUUUGCAACAGGCAAGUUAAAAAUCGCUGGAGAAAAUCCCUUUCUAGCAAUGUCUGAUCUGCCCCACGGGGCAGAGGCUGGGGUGGGCUCCUGCUGUGUGCAAAUCACAUCCUGCAGCCAGGUCCCUGCUCACAGACUCCUGCCAACUUAGCUCCCGCAACCUGUCUGUGCUCUUAGGGCUGGGAGGAGGGAAGGGUCCACUGUCCAGAAAGCCUCCUGGGAGAAUGUUCCAUGUUUACAAAGCGUGAGGGGGGGAGGCAUUGCUAAUAUGACUUUAAUAAACACUAAGUUGUGUAUA